UCAAAGCUCUGGUCGUAGAAAGAACGUCUGCGCACUGAGACUCUCGGAUCCAAGUUUGGAGCUUUUAGCUGCCAGCCCUGGCCCAUCAUGUAGGUGCAGCAGAGCCUUCCUUACCAUUGCAAUAGAGAAACCCACUUUGCAAUCUGUUUUUCAAGGUGUGCAAUUGCAGUUCUUUCCUCUGCAAGGAGCUCUGUUGUAGGGAGUCAGAAAAACUCCAGUUGCAUGAAGAUUGAGCGGUUGCAGUUUGCAUCUUUGUUGCAAACUAGCUACUGAAGAGAGAAGGCAAAGUCUUUUGUGCUCCCCUCCCCCAUCAAAGCAGAGGGGAAAAUGUCUCAGCAAAGAGGGAGGAAGAAAAAUCCAGGGUUGAAAAUUCCUAAAGAAGCAUUUGAACAACCACAGACAAGCUCUACGCCACCUAGAGAUUUGGAUUCCAAAGCUUGCAUCAAUAUUGGUGACAAGAACUUUGAAGUAAAGGCUGAUGACCUGGAACCAAUAUCAGAACUUGGACGUGGUGCAUAUGGGGUGGUAGAGAAGAUGCGGCACGUGCCCAGUGGGCAGAUUAUGGCAGUAAAGCGAAUCCGGGCAACUGUGAACAGCCAGGAGCAGAAGAGACUGCUGAUGGACCUAGACAUUUCCAUGAGGACAGUAGACUGUCACUUCACUGUCACAUUCUACGGUGCAUUGUUUCGAGAGGGAGAUGUGUGGAUCUGUAUGGAACUGAUGGAUACAUCACUGGAUAAAUUCUACAAACAAGUAUUAGACGAAGGCUUAACAAUUCCUGAAGACAUCCUAGGAAAAAUAGCUGUCUCAAUUGUAAAAGCACUAGAACAUCUACAUAGUAAGCUCUCAGUAAUUCACCGAGAUGUAAAACCAUCCAAUGUACUGAUCAAUACACUGGGACAGGUGAAAAUGUGUGACUUUGGAAUUAGUGGUUACCUUGUUGACUCCGUGGCUAAAACAAUGGAUGCUGGCUGCAAACCUUACAUGGCACCUGAAAGAAUCAAUCCAGAAUUUAACCAAAAGGGAUACAGCGUCAAAUCUGAUAUUUGGAGCCUGGGAAUUACAAUGACUGAGCUGGCAAUCUUGCGGUUUCCAUAUGAUUCUUGGGGGACGCCAUUUCAGCAGCUCAAACAGGUGGUAGAGGAGCCAUCGCCACAGCUCCCAGCAGAAAAGUUCUCAUCAGAGUUUGUUGAUUUUACCUCACAGUGCUUAAAGAAGAAUUCUGAAGAAAGGCCAACAUACCCUGAGCUAAUGCAACACCCUUUCUUCACCUUACACGAAUCCAAAGAGACAGAUGUGGCUUCUUUUGUCAAACUUAUCCUGGGAAACUGAGAAAUGGACUUAUACACGAAUGAUUUUACCCUUCUGGGACUGGUGUGUUUGGGAGGAGGGCAUGCGGCAGGGAAGUCCUGGAGAAGAACCUGCCUCUGACCCGUUUCUUUCUUUCUUUUUUGUAAGAUCCUUAAAUUUUUUAAAGGUUCUUUGGUAUCCAUAGUGACAUAGAACGAACUGGUUAGUGAAAUGAAUUUUAAUAAGGUUGUCAACCUUAAAGCAAAAUUAAAAAGAGUGAUUUAAGUAUUUAAAUGACUGUCAAGAAUUCUCUAACCCUAUUCUCAGCCUCCCCUUUUUCUGUUUCUUAUCAAACCAGAAUUGCUUUUGUUUAUAGUAAUAGGUGCUAUGGUAGUUAUGAAGUUCUAUAUAGAGUUAUAUUUUGUCCCUACCAUUAUUUUAAUAUUUAUGUUAAGAGCUUGAUUUGAAUAGAAUCUUUGUUUUUAUUUUUAUUUGGGAGUUCAGUGAUGGGUGAUAUGGAAGGCUCCAGCAGCUGAAGCUACAAAAGAUUAGUAUUUAUUGGGCUUUGCUGGGAAAGAGGAGGACCAUAUGGAAUGGGGAACUAUUUAAAUUCGAGAAAAACAAGACUUAUGUUUAGAUGGCCCAACCCAGUUUAGGAGAUCUGCAUCCUCCUUUGGGAGAUCUAAGGAGGAGGAUUUGUUAUUGAAAGACAUCCAAGGAUCCAGAAGCCUGCUGUUUGUGAUGUUAUUGGUGUCUUAUUAUCCUAUUGUUUUGGUUUAUACCUGCAGUCUUCAUUGAAUAAUGAUAUGCUCAAAGAGGUGGUGGUGGAAAUAAUCUUCAUUCCCUGGGGGAUCUGGGAUUAAUACAGAAAGGAAACAUAUAUGCAUUUUUAAAAGAUACAUGGAAACUCAAAAGCCGUGCUAGCCUUUUGGUGGUUAGCUAAGCAAUAGUGAGCCAUAAUCUGUAACCUCCAAUUUAGCAAGUGGCCUUGUGGAUAAUGGUUAGUUCAUUGUGCUUGACUGGAGAAAGGGAGAUUCCUGAAAGCAAAAUAGAAUAAAGGAAAUACAGAGUUCAAUAAGAGGUCAAAGUCCAGGGAGAUGGAAAGAAUAAUAAUGCCAGUUUCAAGUUGGCAAAAAUAUGAAUAGCCUGCCUUGGACACUCAGACCUUAUGCAUACACUUAUAUUUUGAACCACUUUCCUUUCUCCCUUCCCUCCCUCUACUUUUCCAGCUUUUCUGUUUCUGGAACUGAGUAACUCUUGCUCAUGUCUGAUACAGGUUGAAACAAUCUCUGUCCAAAACUGAAUUAAGGACUUAAAUGCAUAGGAGUUGUUGAUUUGUCCUCACAGGGACAAAUCCAAACUUGUAUGGUAGCUGUUUCUAGAGGUGUGCACAACAGGCUCCUGCCUUUACAACUGUGAUGAUGGUUUACCUGGAUCUCUAGGUUUAUGCGACACAUCUUCUCCUUGUUCAGAUAAGACCAGGGCCACUGCAGUGCUGCUCAGUAUGCCAGUGCUUGUUUUUGCUGAUGAAUCAGUUGCAUUUCCUGAACUGAACAUGGCAGUCUUAGUUAUCUGUAAUGGUAAAUUGUGCUGCCAACAUUUGGUACUGAAGGAACAUGCUAGCAUGAGAGAUGUUGUCCUUUGACUUAGGGCACAUUCUUUCUGCCCCUUUGCAGGGCAUAGCAUCGGUGUGAAGCAGCUCACUCAGAAGUCCAACAGUGGUUGUACAAGGUGAUGUUCCAGAACACCAGUGUUUGUAACACAGACUUUGUUCAAGGAAGUUGUUGCCCUGCUUUCCUGCAGUCUGCACUUUACAACACAACUGGUUCUUUGUGUGUGGCUGUUGGAAACCUUUCAGGAGACAUUCAACUGCAGACAAAAUAUAAGGCAGGUUCAUAUUUCAUUGUAAUAUUAAAAGCCUAGGAUGCCUUGUAACUUGCUUCUAGUUUUCCAUUGUAUGUGCUUAGGGUCCUCCCCUUUUUCCUUCAGUCAUUCCUCCCCCCCCCCAAUUGAUUUUAAGCUGCUUUGAUUGUCUUCAACUGUGACUAAAGCUCAGCCAAUUGGUGUUUAGAACUGGUUCCAGCAUCAAUUCUCACUUUGAAAAACAUGACAUUUAAAACCAGCUUUUUGGUUUUCCUACAUAUAGAUCUUGAUGCUUGCUUUAAAGAUUGUUUUUGCUGCUUUCCUCUUGGAAUAGUGAGAUUUGUUUGGAUGCCACAUCCUCUUGACCUCAGAACACCUUUAUUUGAGUGCUGUGGUAACACACAGGCUGGAUUAAUAUGACAGAAUCAGUGUUAAUAGAAGAUCUUAAUACUCCCACCAGUUUCCAGUAGUAAAAGAAUGCCAGUGCUGUCUGCUGUAAGUCAGUCUAGAAAGCUGACGGUUCUGUGAAUCAACACUACAUGCCUCAGGUUUUAUUUUAGGCAUUAGAUUGUAGAUAGAGCCUAAGUUCCUUAAUCACUUAGGUGCUUUUUUUGAGUUCUUCUGUCAGUUAUGUCUUGGCAUAAUUUGGUUUUUGGCAGACGCAGAGACCUUUUCAUAGUCUUUGAGUAAAGCAUGCCUGGGUUAUCUGUCCCUUCUAAUCAAAGUUUUGAAAUUCAUGUGUUUGUUUUAAGUUAACAUAAUACAUCAUUUCUGCGGAUAUUUUUAAGCUGCUAAAGUAUAGUCCAGAUUUUUAUUUUGCUCCUAAAGGUUGUCAAUGGAGAGGAAAUAGUUGAUCACACAGUCCACCGAGGAUAGGACCAGAAUAGAGUGGGUUCCAACAAAAGGAAAAUAGAUUAAAGUUAGACAUUAGAAGGAAUCUAAUUUGAAGGAAUCCAAUUUGCAGUGAAGCAUGCUGCCUAGAGAGGUUGUGGAAUCUUCAUUCUUGAGGGAUGUCAAGACAGGUCUGGUCAGGCGUUUAUCGGAGUUAAUGUUUUUUAUAUAGGCUAGGUUGCCUCUGGAUAAGAAAUGAACAGGAUUCAAUCUGCUUUGUGUGUGUGGUUCAGUGUUAUAGUUUAGAAGGGCAAAAAAAAAAAAUGAAUUAAGAGUCACAAUUAUAUUUCUGUAAGAUAUUUGAGAUUUAUUUAAGCAGAUGGUAAUGCCAAAGCAUAUUUUAGAGAUUGAGAAAUGCACAUUGGUUUACUGGAAAUUAACUAAUUUCAUUAUCAGAACCUUCCAGGAUUUCCAUGGCUCCUUUGCUUAUUAUCCUAGCUUCCCAUAUGACGAGUGAUACUGUUUCAGCAGAGAGUAUGUAUAACUGGGAAGUAUGUGCCAGUACAUGUGAUGAGCACUUGCAGAUGAGUGUUACCAUGGACAUACAUAGCAGGAUGCCCUAAUUGGCACCAGCUUCCUGUUCAGCAUGUGCAUGGUUUCAUACACAGAAAUGAAAUCUUUGUGUCAUGUCGAAGUGGCCCAGAGUCACUCUCCUUUAAUUGCAAGCAACUUUCAACUCUUCAGUCGUGAUGUAUAAGAUGCAAUGGGGAUUCUAGAACAAACAAUACCUUAUGCACCCACUUACUCAUAUAGAUGACAUCUAGCUUUCCAGAGACUAUUUUCCCCUCACUUUGUAUGGCUUCAAUCUUUGAAUACAUCUUAUACAAGCAGAAGCUUAUAGGGAUUUUAAGAAAUAGUUGUUGCAGGUCCUUAAAAACUAUAUAUGAAACUGGGACUAGGUAUGUUCAGCCCAGGAACAAUGGGGGCUAUAUCUGGAAGACUGUCAUUCUAGUAAGUGUUGAUAAUCUUAAAUUCUAUGAUUGAUCUAUUUAAUGUCAAAGUGCCUAAUCCAUUUUAGGUUCCUAAGCCACUGAAGUACUUUUGAAUAUUUUAUGCUACAUGACCUCUGUUCUUUCCCAUGUUCUUCACUGGACAAACUAGUAUUUUCUUUUUCUCUGCUUUCUAAUGUGUAAAGCAAUGGUUAUUUGCCACAGAAGUCAAAUAAUGAUGUCAAGCUCUAGAGAUGGGUAUGUCAUUGUUUAAAUAUUGUUGUUUUCAGAGCAAAAAAAGAGCAAGGCACAGUCCGUGCAUGGGGCUAAAUACUGUUGUUGACACCAGCACAUACAACCAUGCAUGAUGCCAAAUGAAUAAACACUGCAUAAUAGA